AACACGGGUUCAUCAGCGCAGCUGGGCGAGGAGCCUCCAGUCUCCCAAGUGGAAGCAUUUCCCCGUGUGUCUGCCAUGAUAAAUCAGCUGCCGUUAGGCUGAAUAACCGCAUUCAGGCCGGUUACAGUAGGAAACUUGUCUGGGUGGACACUGUGCCAUUGCUCUGCAGAGAGCAGCCGGGGCUGGUGGCUGGCGUUGCGCUGAAAUAUCGCAUUGAGCGCUUGCUCCAAAGCUCUCCUGGCAGCCGCGGGGGCUUUAGAGCAGUGAUAGAGAGCAGAGGGAAUGCCAGGAGAGGCACUGUGGAAAGGCAGGGUUAGACCAACGCCUCGCUGAUCCCCCCGGCAAUGAAGGAGCACACUUGGAUGUGUUAGAUGCUGCAAGGACCCAGGGGAGCUCGGGUUGUCUCUGGGGCAAUUUGCAGGCUAAACUUGGCUGGCUGCUCGCCCUCGAAGCUGCAAAGGCAAAGUGGGUUCGUAUCUCCCAUCGACCUCUCAUAGGGCACAGCUUGUGUCCUUUUGUGACCCAUGGAAGCCAGUCCCUAUGCCGGGGAGGACAUGGGAAUGGGAGGUGCUUGCUCAUGUGUGGGUUAUAAAGGGCCCGGUGAGGUCCUGACCCGUGCUCAGCCGUUUCCUGUCUCACUCCAACACAGGAUCCCUCUCUGGAGGUGGUGGGGAUAAAGCAUCCUGUGUCGCCCCAUCCCUGCAGUGACAAGCAGCGUGUGUCAUCCCGGUGGAGACAGAGCUGGGAAAUAAAGGUCAACAAUGCAGUUCCUAGCCUGGUUCAGUUUGCUGCUUCUACUUCCUUGUUGCAGUACCACCAAGACCUGCUUCCCCGGCUGCCACUGUGAAGUGGAAAGCUUUGGUCUCUUUGACAGCUUUAGCCUGACCAAGGUGGACUGCAGCGGGAUAGGCUCACACAUUGUUCCCGUCCCAAUCCCUCUGGAUACCUCCUACUUGGAUCUAUCAUCAAACAAACUGGAAACAAUCAAUGAAUCGAAGCUCACCGGCCCUGGAUACACCACCUUGGUGAGCCUUGACCUGAGCUACAAUAAGAUUGCCAAGAUUUCCUCCACAACCUUCUCCAGGCUUCGAUACCUGGAGUCCUUGGACCUGAGUCAUAACUCUUUGGAAGUCCUUCCGGAGGACUGUUUCUCCAGUUCUCCUUUGGGCGACAUAGAUUUGAGCAAUAACAAGCUCUCGGAUAUAGCGAUGGACAUUUUUGCUUCAAAAGGCCAAGGAAAACCCUUGAAUGUGGAUCUAUCCAAUAAUAUGCUCAGCACAAUUACGAGACACCGUGAAAAGAGCAUCCCAAAUAUCCAGAACUUGAAUCUUUCUGGGAACAGGCUGACGUCUGUGCCAAACCUUCAAGGCAUCCCUCUCCGAUACUUAAAUCUUGAUGGGAACCCCAUAGUCAAAGUUGAGAAAGGAGACUUCAUGGGGCUGAAAGAUCUGAUCCAUUUAUCCCUCAGUGGCCUGCAUGGCUUGGAAGAGUUCUCUCCUUAUAGCUUCAAGGAACUACCAGCCCUCCAAGUACUGGAUUUAUCCAACAAUCCCAACCUGAAGUCACUGACUGCUGAAGUGAUCUUUGGGCUGAACUCCCUACAAGAGCUCAACCUCUCCGGCACAGGCGUGUCGUCCUUGCCAAAGACUGUGCUGAAAUACCUGCCUUCCAUCAAAAGCAUCACCUUGGGGAAGAACAUACAGUGUCUUAAGACCAUCAAAGAAGGACAGUACCACCGACAAAUCGGGCUGACCAAAAAAGAGGUCCUCAGUUGCCACGAUAGCCACGGAUCCGUAGCAGCAGCACCUUAUGUUUUGUGAUGAAAGCUGGGGAGAAGGUGGGGAAGGGAGGGUGGGGGGCCAUGGGGUUUGUACAGGAUCGGACUGAGAGGGUUUGCAGUGUGCCUUUUGUAAGACUGCCAAUAAUUUAUAUAUUUGUAUAAGCCAA